UUAAGAGUGCACCUAGUGGUAGGUAUGCAAAACUCUCACAGCUAGUGCCAGUUAAACUAGGCCUCCCACUGUGUGGCUGUAUAGUAGGCUACAGGGCUAGAUGAAGCCUGCCUGGAAAUGAUUUGCCUAAUAGGCUACACAUUUAUUUUCAUGAUUUUACAUUCAUUUGUUUCUUUUCUUUCAUGUUAAUAAAUUCGUUCACAACCAUCCGUUUAUUGAUAAUUAAUUAGGGCUCGUUGAUAUUGUUGAGGAAUGGAGGAUUGAGAUAUGGAGGAAAUGUCGGACCAGGGUUUUGGUCCAUCAGAUCUAAUAAAACUUGAGUCCUUUCAGCUUGGCGAGUCCAGAGAGACACACUCCUUUUUCCUGUCCGACUGAAAAUCAAAUUUUUCCUCCUGAUUUCAGCCCUUCCUUUGAACUUGGGCCACCCCCGCGGUUCUGUCAGCGGGGCAGGGAGACACAUGGCCCGGGUAUGGAGGUGGUGUAUGUCUCUACCCUCCAUGCUUAUCAUCCCACCCGCUACUAUAGGGUGGGAUUCCCUAACCACAGAUUCGCUUUUAAAGAUUCCCUUUCUCGUACCUUUAGGCCCAACAAAAAUACAACAACACAAAUAGGUUACUACUGAUCCCACAACUAUGGGUGUUAUUUUUCUAAUGCUUACAUAACUGGGGGCUGUAUUAGAGGCAGCUGUGAAAGUUUGCUGUCCAGGAGGAUAUAACAACCUAAUAAAUUCAAUAGAUUUUCUUUGAAAAAACAGUUUCCCGUCAAGGCCCCCUGCCCCCCAAAAACACAGUCUGGGCGGGGCGCCCACUGGAGACUAACCUUUAAUUGGUGGGAGGGACGGGGGUCCACCAGACGACGUGUCCAAUCAGCGCUCAGCUCGGGGACCCCCCGGGCUCCCUAAAAGAGGAGGUAAGAUGUGACUCGUGAGUACCUUGGAGAGUAGCGCCAUAGACUUCAGGGAGCACGAGAACAGGCUGGUUGUUCUCGUGCACAUUGACAACAAGAUAUUUUUUAUGUUUGAUUAUAACCGAAGCUAUUGAUACAGCUAUAGCUGUAGGAUUCUCUGGUCCAGCUGUGAAAAUAUAUGCUCUACAUUGCAACUAUCAUUUUAAAGGAACUUUAAAAUCCAUAUAGAUCUUUUUUGGUUACAUUUGAGGACAUUCAGUGUUCAAAUAUUGUCUUGUGCGCAUCGGCAAUACCGCGAGCCCAGGGCCUCGCUGUGAUGCUGUUGGAGUCUAGCUAUCAGGCCGCGAGCACAGGGGUCAGCGCAUUCUCCAGACACCAACCCGCUUCUGAGAUGCACGAUCGGGAAUCUGGCUUCAUGGACGCAGUUCACAUGGGCGCUUUUAAGCUAAAUGAUCAUUCACCAGGUCAGGGUACCGCGUUUGCAGGCCAGGGGAGUGGGUACGCGGCCUCCUAUGCCAGUUCUACCCGGGACUUUAUUCUGCGUAACCGGGGGUUCGGAGGAGACUCGCCCUCAGGUAACGACCAACACGCACGACUCAGAACCAUGACGGGGUCCCUGCAUCACCCUCACGCGGAGGGCCAGGGGCACGGGCACAUACUCUUUCCUGGGAUUCAUGAACAGCACCAUGGCUCUGCCAACGUGCUGGGCGGGCGGCUGGGGAUGCCGGGCGAGGUGUUCGGGCGAGCGGACCAAUAUCAUCAUGUAUCCGGACCAAGAGGGGACCCUUACGGCCAGUACGGUGCCAUAGGUCUGAACAUGGGAAUGGCUACGCAUCACCACCCCGGCGCCUUCUUCCGUUACAUGCGACAGCAGUGCAUCAAACAGGAGUUGAUUUGCAAGUGGGUUGACCCUGAUCAACCAGGUGGCUCCAGCCGAUGCUGUGGCAAGACCUACGGCACCAUGCACGAUCUGGUGGCGCACGUCUCCGUGGAACACGUCGGUGGGCCCGAGCAGAGUAGCCACAUCUGCUUCUGGGAGGACUGCCCGCGAGAGAUCAAACCGUUCAAGGCCAAAUACAAGCUGGUGAAUCACAUUCGCGUGCACACCGGGGAGAAACCGUUCCCGUGCCCAUUCCCUGGUUGUAGCAAGGUGUUUGCGCGCUCAGAAAAUCUUAAAAUCCACAAGCGGACGCACACAGGAGAGAAGCCGUUCGUGUGUGAUUACUUCGGCUGCGACAGACGCUUUGCCAACAGCAGUGACCGCAAGAAACACAUGCACGUUCACACGUCUGACAAGCCCUAUCUGUGCAAGAUGUGUGAGAAGUCCUACACGCAUCCAAGCUCUCUGCGCAAACAUAUGAAGGUCCACGACUCACUCUCAACCACCGAGUCCUCUCCAGCCGCCAGCUCAGGGUACGAGUCAACUAGUCCAUCUGGACUGGUGUCUCCCGCCUCAGAGUCGCAGAGCAACAUGUCCCCAGACAGCAUCGUGCUCGGACACAGCGGACACAGCCACAGCAACUUCAGUGAGUGGUACGUCUGAACGCCACGCAAAAUUCUUGGACAUCGGAUCCAAAUCUCGGGGAAUACUCAGGGGACUGAUGCACCUGAAACAGAGACAACAUGUGGGGGCUAUUGGACUGUAAAAUGGACCAUGCCUCCAAGAAAUUAUUGUGAACUGAUGCAAGCCGUUAAAAAAGAAACGACCAUAGGAAUUGAAAUGGAAGGUUAUAAUCAGUCAAAAGUUGGUUAGGAUCUGAAGCCCUUUUCUGAGUGGCUGGAAAUCUUAUUAAUUCCAAAAAAGUGCCAAAGCAAAACAUUUUUAAUGUUCGUCUAUUUACAUUUUAAGAAAUAUCUAUCGAUAAAGAUAUUUGAGGAGUAAGUGUUUUAUGUUAUCAUCAGUAAAAGGCAACUCGUUUAUAGGCUGCUGUAAAGGAAACUAUUUAUAGAUAUA